AUGGAAGUGAAUACAAAAUUAAAUGGAAUAUUAAAUAAUCUAAUUAAAUCUAGUUAUGUUUUUGAUACUGAUAUAGCCAAAUUAUCUGAAAUUGUUCAAUUAACGAGUGGUAAUAAUGAGAACUUGAUAGAAUCUAGUAUAAUUGAUAAAAUCUUGAAUUAUAAACUUGAUACAGCAAGGUCUACUGAAGAUGAAAGGCUAUUUAGAGGGUUGUUAUUAGUUGUUCGAAAUGUUGCACUGGAACUAGAUCUGGAAUAUAUGAAAGUUUGUAUUGAUAGUUUUCAUCAUGUUGAUCAAUUAUUAGAAACAAAUUGGAUUUAUAAAAUCAAACAAGUAUAUUGGGAAACAUUAGCCAACUUCAAAAGAAUUAAUGGUAGCAUGGAUCAAAUUAAUGAUUUAUUUGGAUGGAUUAAUUUUGAUAAUAACAACCAAUUUAUUAAACCAAUUAUACAUUUUUUAUUUCGACAAUUAUCAACUUUAGAUCCAGAGAUCACGAACGAGAACCUACUAAAGGUGCUAAAAUUAAAAAACAAUAACAAUAUACUAACAUUCAUUCAAUAUACUUAUCAGCAUCUUAAUUUUGAGGUUAUUGAUCAUGAUGCCAAAUUAUUUAUUCAUUUAUUAUAUGAUUUAAUCACACAUGAAAGUUUUGAAAAUUGGAUAAACAAUCAAUCACCAAGAGUAAUAACGGACUGGUUAGAAUUGACGUAUUCAGAACUUCAGACAAAAGACGAAUGGAACAAUUAUGAGUUAGUUGCUUUAAUAUCAACGAAUUUAUCAAUUUUCAACAAAUUUUCGACUCAGUUAACAACCGUGAAUGAUACUGAGAUUGAAAGAAUAAUAGUUGUCAAUUUAGAUAUAUUUUCUUACAUAUCCAAAUAUGACAUAUUUAUUCAAUAUUUGAAGAACGAAACAGAUUCUAAAUUUUUGAAUAAUUUAAUUAAAACAUUUAAAAUCAUACAUGAGAAUAUAAAGCCAGUGACUAUAAAAGAUAAAAUUGCAGAGAUAAAGUACCCAAAUGCAAAAUUGAACAUUGUUUUGAUAUUAUCAUAUUUAACACAUGACAAUAUUAAAAUUCAAGAGAAAAUUCGAGAAUUGGGAGGUUUGGCAUUAGUGUUAUCUAAUUGCUCAAUUGAUAACAAUAAUCCAUUUAUUAAAGAAUAUAGUAUAUUAUGCUUGAAAUACUUAUUGAAUAAAAAUCCCGAAAAUCAAAAAUUUGUGGCUGAAUUGGAAGCUAAAAAAACUUUAGAUGAUGAUGUUUUAAAUGAGGUGGGUUACGAAGUUGAGAUUAUUGAUGGUAAAGUGGCAAUGAAAAAGAAAGUAGAUAAGUAG